CGCGGCGCUGACAGCUGAGUCGGCUCGCGGCCUCCCGGCCCCCUCGGUGCCCGGCCCCGACCCCGGCUUGGCCUGCCCCGGAGCCAUGAGCCCCGGGCUACUGCUGCUCGGCAGCGCCGUCCUGCUCGCCUUCGGCCUCUGCUGCACCUUCGUGCACCGCGCUCGCAGCCGCUACGAGCACAUCCCCGGGCCGCCGCGGCCCAGUUUCCUUCUAGGACACCUCCCCUACUUUUGGAAAAAGGAUGAGGUUUGUGGCCGCGUGCUCCAAGAUGUGUUUUUGGAUUGGGCUAAGAAGUAUGGACCCGUUGUGCGGGUCAACGUCUUCCACAAAACCUCCGUCAUCGUCACGAGCCCUGAGUCGGUCAAGAAGUUCCUGAUGUCAACCAAGUACAACAAGGACUCCAAAAUGUACCGCGCGCUCCAGACGGUGUUUGGUGAGAGGCUGUUCGGCCAGGGCUUGGUGUCCGAAUGCAACUACGAGCGUUGGCACAAACAGCGCAGAGUCAUGGAUCUGGCCUUCAGCCGAAGCUCCUUGGUUAGCUUGAUGGAAACGUUCAACGAGAAGGCCGAGCAGCUGGUGGAGAUUCUAGAAGCCAAGGCGGAUGGGCAGACCCCAGUGUCCAUGCAGGACAUGCUGACCUACACCACCAUAGACAUCCUGGCCAAGGCAGCUUUCGGAAUGGAGACUAGCAUGCUGCUGGGUGCCCAGAAGCCUCUGUCCCAGGCAGUGAAGCUGAUGUUGGAGGGUAUCACCGCAUCCCGUAACACUCUGGCAAAGUUCAUGCCGGGGAAGAGGAAGCAGCUCCGUGAGAUCCGGGAGAGCAUCCGCUUUCUGCGCCAGGUUGGCAAGGACUGGGUCCAGCGCCGCCGGGAGGCCCUGAAGAGGGGCGAGGAUGUCCCUGCCGACAUCCUCACACAGAUUCUCAAAGCUGAAGAGGGGGCCCAGGACGACGAGAUUCUGCUGGACAACUUCGUCACCUUCUUCAUUGCUGGUCACGAGACCUCUGCCAACCACCUGGCGUUCACGGUGAUGGAGCUGUCUCGCCAGCCAGAGAUCGUGGCGAGGCUGCAGGCUGAGGUGGACGAGGUCAUCGGCUCUAAGAGGCACCUGGAUUUUGAGGACCUGGGGAGACUGCAGUACCUGUCCCAGGUCCUCAAAGAGUCGCUGAGGCUGUACCCGCCGGCGUGGGGCACCUUUCGUCUGCUGGAAGAGGAGACCUUGAUUGAUGGGGUCAGAGUCCCUGGCAACACCCCGCUCUUGUUCAGCACCUACGUCAUGGGGCGGAUGGACACAUACUUUGAGGACCCGCUGACUUUCAACCCCGAUCGCUUCGGCCCUGACGCGCCCAAGCCACGGUUCACCUACUUCCCCUUCUCCCUGGGCCAUCGCUCCUGCAUCGGGCAGCAGUUUGCUCAGAUGGAGGUGAAGGUGGUCAUGGCCAAGCUGCUGCAGAGGCUCGAGUUCCGGCUGGUGCCCGGGCAGCGUUUCGGGAUCCAGGAGCAGGCCACGAUCAAGCCGCUGGACCCUGUGCUCUGCACCCUGCGGCCCCGGGGCUGGCAGCCUGCGCCCCCACCUCCGCCCUGCUGAGGGGCCCCAGGCAGGACGAGACUCCUCGGGCCAGGGGCCGAGCCCGCCCUCCUCUCUGCCCCGUGCCCCGGCCACCCUCCAU